CUAAAGACUACCAUUGAUAUUCAUCACCAAACUAUUUUUACUUACAAUCCUUAAAAAAAAUAUAUAUAUAUAUAUACAAAUAAUAAUUUUAUUUUCACGAUGAAUUCAAAAAUAGGGCUGAAUCUUAUAUCAGUCUCUCUUGUUCUUGCUUUUGUUAUAACGAUGGAUAAAACCGUUGCAACCGAUCUCAACAAAACUCCGCUCGACCACACUCGAUUCAAUGGCAAUCAUGGCUUAGAAAAAAUUCCUGAAGAUCUAUUGAAUGCAUCCAAGCCCACUUUCAAUUUUUCAAAUUUAAGGAACUUUCUUGGCAGCAGACCGAAGAACAUCCCAAAAUCAACUUGGUGCCGAAUGUGCUAUAUGAGGUUCAAAAAGAAGUGUUGUUAAACACAGAUGAAUUGAUAUCUCAAGCGUUCUCUAUAUCAAAUUAUGAAAGAAUAUGAUGAUUCAUUAUUGAUAUAUAUUUUUUCAUUUUUAUUUUUAUUUGAAUAUGUACCCAUCAUAAUUGUAUUUUAUUGAUUUUCUAAUUAAAAGAAUAAGAUGAUUCAUAAUAUCAUAAUCGUAUAAGCAACACAUUUUGCGUAGUUAUUUGUAUUUUUUUUAUUUUUUACUUUGAGCUUUCUUUGUUUGAAUUUAAUUUUUUUAAUUCAAUUUAUUCAUUUUUAAUAAAAAUAUAUAUUUAAAAUAUUAUACUCUCUCCAGUUAAAAGAUAAUCCUUUUUUUUUUUUUAUAAAGAUACCAAAAAAAUAGAUUAAAUUUUCUGAAAGUGGAAUAUUAAAAUACUAUUUGAAUAAAAAAUUUAAUGAAAAAAAUUCAAAUUCAAACAAAAGACAAACAAAAUUAUAGUAGUAUAAUAUAAAUUUCAAGAUUGUAAGGGGUAAUUUGUAAAUUAUAUAAAUAAGGGGUAAAAUUGCAAAUAACAACAGUUGCCAUAUACCCUGCAAGGCUGCAACUUCAAAUCGGGGAACCCCCGCGCCAAUUUUGUGCCACUGAAGACCCUAAAACUAUCGAACCCUAACCUCCCCCCCCCCCCCCCCCCCCCUCUCAAAUCCACGUUGGGUCAUGGAGAAUCAGAAGAAGGUGGCGUGCUCGGAGAACGAGCAGCUGGCCGCUUAUUUACUGAACAAGCGGCAAGAACUCGCGCUGAGUACCAAAGGCAUUUCGGAGAACAUGGAUAUGACUCUUUCCAAGGCGUAUUCCAACAUUUGUAAUUGUAAAACCCCGAUAAAAACCAUGAAGGACUUGUACCAAAUCAAUUAUUCCAAUUCUGGGCAAAACCCUGAAACAAGAAAAUAUGCACAAAUUUCUCAUAGGGGUGUUGGCAAGUGGAUCUUGAAGCAGAUGCAAGGGUUUUUCCAGACAGAUUCUGGUCCUUCUGAAAAUGAUGAGAUAGUCAAAAAGGGAAAUAAAAACAAGGGACCAAAGCGCUAUGUUCCACAGAAGAAUUCGGUUGCUUUUGCACUGGUGAUUACACUGUUCAGGGGGACUGAAAGUGGCAGUGACUUUAUGCUUAAAAAGGAUCUCAUAGAUGCAGCCGAAAUAAGUGGAUUGUCUCGUGUACCGAUUAUGCCAGAAAAGGGAAAAGGGAAAGCUGGACAAUUCGGAAGCACACCAAGGGACUGGUACACUGGAUGGAGCUGCAUGAAAACACUUAUAAAUAGAGGCCUUGUUGUAAAAUCAAGCUGUCCAGCCAAGUAUAUGUUGACAGAUGAAGGAAAGGAAGUAGCACAUGAAUGUCUUUCGAGAUCCGGAAUGAUUGAUACAAAUAGAACAUUGGGUGGUUCAGAGAAAGACCCAGAUAUUAAUAAAAAAGAUAAAUCUAGGGUUGGUAUGCAAGGGGAGUUGCUAGAUUUAACGUGUGACACUGGACCUUUGGCUGAGAAAGAAGCACAACAUAAUUUGAAGAAACCAAAGAUCUCAAUAGAAAUAGAACCUGAAUAUCUUGAUAAGUUUACAAGCAUGGGGUUUUCUCGGGCACAAGUUAUGCGUGCUUUUUCUGAGGCUGUAGAAACAUCCAAGAACAAGGAGAUGUCUUCCAUUUGGCCAACUGUUCUUUGUCGUCUUAGAGAAGAGGAGAUCUAUGGUUCAACUUCUAUAUCUAAAUCUAUUAUCAAUGACAAUGAUAAUGCACUGCCUUCAAUUAAACCUACACAAGGGCAUGCAGGGUUUUGUGCUAGUGAAAACAUACAGCCUCGUGACAGUGCUGCAUCUAGUUAUCAAAAAUCAUUCCAUCAUCAUAAUUUCAAACAGAUUUAUAGUAGUAUGAAAGCUUGCUCCUCCACGGACAAUCCAUUAAAAAGGUGCAGAACUCAAGGAUCAGAAGCUAAAUCCCAUGGUCUAGCAUUGCCACCUCUUGUCUUUGGAGAGAAGUUUGGGGAUGUAUAUGAAGUUAUUCUGAUACUGGACAACAGGGAGCAAUUUGCUACACAAGGGUCAAGAUCAAAGAAGAUCAUUGAUAACAUAAGUUCUCAGUUUCACAUCCAGAUUGAGGUUAGAAGGCUGCCAGUGGGUGAUGGUAUUUGGAUAGCUCGGCAUAAGUAUCUUGGCACUGAGUAUGUUCUUGACUUCAUAGUCGAAAGGAAGAAAGUUGAUGAUUUGCGCCACUCAAUCAGGGACAAUAGGUAUCGAGAUCAGAAAAUGAGGCUGGUGAGAUGCGGACUUAAAAAGAUGAUAUAUCUGGUAGAAGGUGAUCCAAACUCCUCUGAGGCAGCUGAGAGUAUCAAAACAGCUUGCUUCACAACUGAGAUCUUGGAGGGCUUUGAUGUGCAACGAACGGCUGGUUUAGCAGAUACAUUGAGAAAAUAUGGCUAUCUUACUCAAUCAAUUAACCAAUUUUACAUGUCCAUGGACAAUGAGGAAAAGUGUGUUGGUGUAUGCCCUCCUUUUGAUGAAUUUAUCAGAAGGUGUGAAGAGUUGGAUAAACUGACAAUUAGCGAUGUAUUUGCAAUCCAACUCAUGCAGGUUCCACAAGUAACUGAGGAUAUCACUCUUGCUGUUUUGGAUAUGUAUCCAACAUUGUUUUCUCUUGCCCAAGCAUACUCUCUCCUCGAUGGUGAUGUUAGCGGGCAAGAGGAAAUGCUGAAGAAACAGAGCAACAACUUGAUCUCGGGGGCAGCCAGCAAAAAUAUAUUCCACCUGGUUUGGGGUGACUCCAUACAAAUAGCAAAAUAAAUGAGAUUCAUAAAACAUACCAAAAGCACACCUGAUUCGAAGCUUUGAAGAGCUUCCAACGCCGGGGCGGGCGACGAUCGAUUGAUGCAGCUGCGAAUUCGAAGCUUUGAAGAGCUUCCAACGCCGAGGCGGGCGAUGAUCGAUUGAC